UAAUAAUUUUCCAUUUUCAAACUCCUGUUUACGAGGAUACCACAAAAGUAAUCUAACACAUUUACCUCCCAUGUAGAAAUUUCCUUAAGUUUCUUUACCAAAAAUUGAAUUCUAGUAAGAAUCUUGUAAGAAAAAAUGUAGGGAACUAGUUGGGCCCCGGGAUUCUCUGUGACGCUCGGAUCUUGUAAGAAUGAUUUUGUACCUGAGUUCUGGUAGGGACUUAGAUCUACAGAAUCCUGAAGAAUAAAGGAAUUAAUUUAAAUUUUUUAGUAGUAGCACCACAAUCCGAACGCUAUCAGACAAUCAAAAUUUGGCUGAAAAGACGUUAAAAAUUUAUUUUUUCUAAUUUUUAUAAUUUGUCAUCUGGAAAUCACCUUAGUUGUAGUAGGAACGGAGCCCUACAGGAUCCUGAAGAACAGAAAUGAUUUAAUUUUUUAUUAAUAGAAGUUGACUGGUUCGACAUGCCCUUAACAUUAUCGGAACGCAUGUUGAGCAGGACGCUAAGUAUAGUGUGGGUACAUACAUGUGCUGCUGUAGCAUUUGAGUGUUUAGAUAAAGUGAUGGUAACUGAUUUGACUAACAUUUUCAUUUCCGUGUAUAAAACUGUGAUUAUUUCGUAAUGACUUGCCUGAGAUUGUAAAGAGUAAGAAUAGAGAGUCUUGUGCGAGCUGUCGCGAAGAUCACUUGUCAUUUUGUGACAAGCACUUUGCGUGUUGAGCUUUUAAGAUUUGUGUAAAUUUCCAUUUCCAAUCCUUUGUAUAUUAAUUGGAUUGAAUAAAUGUCAUCAUAACUGAAAUCCUACAGUAUUUUAAUUGUAAAUCAAGUAAUUAUAAUUUUAUAUUAGAGAACAUUACAAUUUGAAUUUUGAAUAAUUAAUAUUAUGUGUAAUAAUAGUUGUAUAAAUAAUAUAAUAAUAAUAAUGAAAAUAAUAAUCUACUUGAUAAUCAAAUAAUAAGCUAGAGUAUAUACAAUGUACAUUAUUGUAACAUUACUGUACGAUUACUUUGACGCCGCCAUUUUAAUAUUACUGUAAUAUUACGUGCUAAUAGGGCAAUAACAUAUUACGUAAGAUUUUUAUAUAAACCUAAGAAAUGUAACUUUAUUACUAUGUAAUAAUAAUUUUUAACUAGAACACUAUAUUUAAGUACUACAGUAAUGUCGAUUUUAUGUAUAAAGCAAAGUUCUUGAUGUUAUGUCAUUAAAUUAUAAAUUUAAAUAGUUUUACUUUUAAAAAAAUUGAAUAGAAAAUUUUUUAUUAUAUACUACCGGAAUUGAUGACUAGAAUAACAGGUCAUAAUAAUAAUAAGCUAAUAAUUUUUUUGUAAUUCUGAAUUUAAGUUCAUAGUUGUAUGAGUAAUUUUGAUUGUGAUGUUGAAUGGAUUAAUAACCUAAUAGAUUGUUGACUCAGCUUGAUUUGUAUAAUUAUGUAUUAUAACACUUGUGAAAGCACUUCUCUGAAUGAUAUAAUAUAAAUUAGAUUAAUGGUAACUUCCUUCAGUCUUUAUAUCAUAAAUCACAGGAUGAAGUUUCUUACAUGGAUUUUUAUAAAUUUUUCGUGUGUGACGUUAUUAAAAACUGACGAUUUUAACGGAAAUGCUGAUAUUUACCAUGAUGACUUUGAUAACGAUUCAGAUGAAGCAGAUUCAUUUCCUGAAGUGGAAAAAAUCCUACGAAGUUUAGAUCAAGUAUCUUUGCCAUUAAAUAAUGAAAAUGUAGUUAUAAUAUUUGGAACAAGAAAUUCAAGAAAACAUUAUUUAAUUCAGUUACUUACGGAUAGUACAGAUUCACUAUUGUAUAAUACACAAGAAAAUAAUUGGAUUAUUCCAAAUACAAAUUUGAAAUUCUUACAAGAUUCAAGUCUUUUAAAUUUAUUAAGUGUAAAUGCAUGUAGUAGUAAUACAUUGUAUUUAGACUUUCCCACAUUUAAUAAUAAUGGAAAUUUGUUAAAUGAUAUACAGUCAAAAUAUUAUAUCUGGAAAAUCUUGUCUCAUGCCAAAUCUGUUAAAUUCCUCUUAACCAUUGAUUAUUAUAUGGAAGAUGAAUCAAUUAACAUUUCGGAAUUUGUAGAAUUAAUCAAUCACAUCAAUUCUUUUAUUAUAAAUACUGAUAAAUACAGUAAUAGCUUCUCUCUUAUUGUAACAGCUACAACAAAAAUUCAAAGCAGAAAUUACAAUAUUGAUAAUCUUAAUGAAAAAAAGAAUAUAAUAGAAUUGAAAUUCUUUUUGUACCAACUCAAGAUGAAAUAA